AUGAGAAUGGCGCGCAGUAGCCUAUCGGAUCCGGCCCUUGCUUACCAAAGCAUUGGACCCGGUUCGAGUCCGGCGUACACCAAUGAAUAUUUUCAAUAUUUAAGUGUAUUAUACUGCUCAGCCCAAGAAAUAAAACGAGUUCCAAUCUCAAAAAGUUUAAUUGUUGUGAUAUUAAAAUCAUUUUUUAUAAUUCCUAUACGUGGAAUUUUCACUCUAAAUUAUAAAAAGAGUUUAAUUGUUGUGACACUUAAAAUCAUCGCUGGUACUUUACACACUUACGCUCUGCGAAACUCACGAUUAAAAAGUGAAUUAAAUGCGCAUACGGUCUUAUUCAAAUGCGAGGAGGCCACGAGGAAGAGUAUCCACUCAGCGGGCGAUUCGAGAGCCCUAGAACCCUCCUCGGCGCUAUCAUCAACAUAG